AUGAUCACAAGUUGUCUUAAAAAAAUCAAAAAAAAGUUCAAUAAAAUGAAUUUUAUUAAUAGAUGUAUUACAGUUAGAAAAUCAAUAACUAAAUUAAAUAAUGGAUUGAUUGUUAAACCAGCAUCAAAUUUAAUAAAUAAAAGAAAUUUUACUUCACCUAUAAAAACAGAAUUUGAUCAAGAAGAAACUGAAACUGAAAUAACCGAAGAAGUUCAACAACCUGCUUCUGUUUUAUUCGAAAAAAAGAUUCAAGAAGUUUCAAAAAAGAUAUCAGAAUUUUAUACACCACAAGUUGAGAAAAUUAAAUUAACACCAUAUGAAACAAAGAAUGUAUCACCAUUAUUGAAAUGUAUUCAUUUAAAUGAUCAAGCCAAUCAAUUAAUUGUUCAAGGUAAAUUUGACGAUGCAGAGACCGUUUUAAUCAGUGGUAUUACAUUAUUUGAAAGUACUAAACAAGGUUCAAUGCCAACAAGAACCUCUGAACUUGGUAUUACAACUGAUCAAUGUUAUGGUUAUUUACUCUCAAAUUUAGGUUAUAUUUAUCAUACUAAAGGUUUAUUCAUGGAUUCUGUUAAAUGUUAUACCAAAUCUUUAGGUUAUUUAGAAUCUCAAGAAGAUUUACCAUUCUUUGGUAACACUUUAUUACAUCUUUCUGAAUUAUUCUCUUUAUUACAAGAUAAUUUAAAAGCAAUUGAAACUUGUAAACAAGCAAUUUCAGUUUUUGAAACUUCAAAAGAUUAUUUAGUUGAUGAUAGAAUUGGUUUAGCAUUAUUAAAUUUAUCAAGUUAUCUUUCAGUUGAAGGUAAUUAUGAAGAAGCAUUACCAUAUUGUGAAAAAGCAUUUUCAUUAUUAGAGAAAUCAUUAGGUAGAAAUAAUGAUAUGGUACAAAAUUGUGCUACAAAUCUUUCAAAAAUUUAUCAACAAUUAAAUAUGAAACAAAAAGUUACAGAAUUAGAUAAAUUAUUUGAAAAUCCAUUAGAAUCAUCUUUAAAAUUUACAUUUGAUUUCGAAAGAGAUUUACCACAUAUUGAUUUAUCAAAAUUAAAACAACAAUGGUCACAACAAGGUCAUCAAAGAGUAUUUGAUAUUGAAGGUUUUUAUAAAUCAUCACUUACAGCAAGAAAAGAAUAUGAAUCAUUCUUAAAUCAAUUAGAAUCACAAGGUGUUAAAUAUGGUCCAGAAACAAGUUCAAUCCUAAAACCUGAAUUAGAAUCUGUCUCAUAUGCACCAGAUGUUCUCAAACAAUGGAAACCUUUAACUAUUUCUUUAAUAAAUGGUGAAAUUCAAAGAACAUAA